AUGGCUGAUCCAUUGCAAGUCCUCAUUACUCGCAAUGGGUCCAGGCACAGUGCCAAAGUUCGGCCCCUGGACUUUGAACGCAUCCGGCAAUACAGCUUCACCAUCGAGGCCAUGGACAACACCAUCAACCUCGGAUACCUGAGAGGCACCUCAAGCAGAAACACAGCCCGCGUCUUCAUCAACAUCACAGAUUUGGACGAGCCCCCCAUCUUCCAGCAGCACUUCUACCACUUCCAGCUGUGGGAGAACCAGAAGAAACCUCUGAUCGGCGUGGUGACAGCCACAGACCCCGAUGAGAUUUGGCGCAGAAUUGGACAAGUCCUCUCCCUUGCAGGGACCCCCACAGGCAAAGAAUCCAUCGUGCAAGUCCACAUUGAAGUUCUGGAUGUGAAUGACAAUGCCCCAGAGUUUGCCCAGCCCUAUGAGCCCAAAGUGUGUGAGAAUGCAGCCCAGGGCCAGCUGGUCCUGAGGAUCUCUGCAACAGACAAGGACAUAACGCCACAAAACGUGAAGUUCAAAUUUGCCCUGAGCACUGAGGACAGCAACUUCACCCUCACGGAUAAUCACGAUAAUACAGCCAACAUCACGGUCAAGUACAGGCAAUUUGACCAGGAGCGUACCAAGGUCCACUUCCUGCCGGUGCUCAUCUCGGACAAUGGGAAGCCGAGCCUCACAGGCACCAGCACGCUGGCCGUGGCCGUGUGCAAAUGCAACGAGCACGGGGAGUUCACCUUCUGCGAGGACUUGGCCGCCCAGGCAGGCGUCAGCAUCCGGACGCUGGUGGGCAUCUUCCUCUGCAUCCUCACCAUCACAGUGAUCACCCUGCUCAUCUUCCUGCGGCGGCGGCUCCGGAAGCAGGCCCGCGCCCUCGGCAAGAGCGUGCCAGAGAUCCACGAGCAGCUGGUCACCUACGAUGAGGAGGGCGGCGGCGAGAUGGACACCACCAGCUACGACGUGUCGGUGCUCAACUCGGUGCGCCACGGUGGCGGAGCCAAGUCCCCGCGGCUGUCGCCGGACGCGCGGCCACCGCUGUACUCGCGGGUGCAGAAGCCGCCGCAGCGCACACCCGGGGCACAGGGCGGGCCCGGGGACAUGGCCGCGAUGAUCGAGGUGAAGAAGGAUGAGGCGGAGCACGACGGCGGCUGCCCGCCCUAUGACAUGCUGCACGUCUACGGCUAUGAGGGCUCCCAGUCCGUCGCCGAGUCCCUCAGCUCCCUGGGCACCGAUUCAUCCUACUCCGACACCGAUUACGACUUCCUCAAUGAUUGGGGGCCCAGGCUCAAGAUGUUGGCCGAGCUGUAUGGCUCGGACCUCCAGGAAGAGCUGCUGUAUUAG